AUGGACCCAACCCUAGUUUCUAAGUUAUUCCAGCUUUGUGGGACACAAUCGAGGCCGUUGAGUCAGGACCCAACUGCAUUUUUGGAUCAAAACACAUCUUUCAUAUUUGAUAACGAGUACUACCAUCAAAUUAAGUUGAAGAGAGGUGUGAUGCAGAUUGAUCAAGAACUUGCCUUGGAUAAAGCUAGUGCUCCUAUUGUGACGGGUUUUGCAAGCAAUGCGAUUGGUUUCCAAAAAGGUUUCGCAAAGGCGAUAGUGAAGAUGGGGGGAAUUGAAGUUCUUGUUGGAAAUGCCGGGGAAAUUAGAAAGAAUUGUAGGGUUUUCAAUUGA